GUUUACCGGGGAGGGGGUGAUAUUUUAAACCUGCGAGAGCUUACAUAUUCACCCCAGUGAGCCUGACUGACUUGCCAUUUGGUGGGUGAAGACGCUGGAGACCACUCAUAGAGAAGAGGAAGAGAGUUUUUUUAGUUGCUUCUUUAAGCUACUAGGUUGUAGCUUUUACAGAUAGAAAACAACCCAGAGAAGAAGAGGAAGACAUAGAAAAAAAAAGAAGAGUUGAACCCAAGGUUUGAGGAUAAAGGCGAGAAUAGAGGGGGAGGCACUUGGGGGAGGCAAGAGGUAGCCAGGCUGAGCUGACUUUCCCCCCCGAGGAGGAGUUGCAGUUGCCGGCCAGGGCAGGUCCCAGGGCUGGCAGGGCUGGCCCUACUGCUUCUCCACCUCCAUUCCUUCCUCCUCUCACUCCUCUUUCUCCUCCCUUUAACCAUCAACCACACUGCUGUGCAGUGAUGAACUCUCAGGCUGAGCCCGUGAGAAACACAGGAAUGCUUAGAAAAUCCUGCCAAAUGAACUUUUGUUCCUCAACUGAGGGAAACUCCAGAGGUUGAACCUCCACAGCAGUAGACUGUCAUCCUUCUGUCUUCUCUUUCUUUUUUAGUGCACUCACUGGUUGAGUGCACUGAGAGACUGAGGGGAUUUUUUAUACACUUUUUUUUCUCUCUAUUUUUGCUUUCGUUAACCGCAACAGUGGCGUCCUUUUCAGUAGCACGGUGCAAGGACCAGCUCCAUUCACCCAAGAUGAGCCGCUGGCUGAAAUGCACCUCCAUGCACUUUAACACAGACUGGAACAAGUAUGAUGACCGGCUGAUGAAGGCCGUGGAGCGCAGAGAGUUGGACAAGGUGGCUGCUGUUCUCAGCAAGAAGGGCAUCAUCCCAACCAAGCUCGACGUGGAAGGGCGCUCAGCGUUUCAUUUGGCUGCAACGCGAGGACACCUGGAGUGUCUUAACCUCAUCCUGGGACACAGCGUGGAUGUCACUGCGACUGAUGCCACAGGUAAAAAUGCUCUCCAUCUGUCAUCAAGACAUGGACAUUCUCUGUGUGUGCAGAAACUCUUGCAGCACAACAGUCCAGUUGGAAAUGUGGACCUACAAGGAAGAACAGCUCUACAUGAUGCUGUCAUGGCUGGCUGCUCCUCCAGUGUGAAACUACUCUGUGACAGCGGCGCUUCUGUGAAUGCCACUGAUUUUGAUGGAAGGACACCUCUGGUACUGGCAACCCAGAUGUGUCAUCCACGUAUCUGUCAUCUCCUGCUGGAGCGAGGGGCCGACUUCACCACCCGCGACAAACAGAACAAGACUGCGCUGAUCCUGGGCUGUGAGUACAGCUGUAAGGAUGCAGUGGAGGUGUUGCUGAAGAGCGGCUCUGACGUGAAGGCAGUCGACAGCUUAGGUCACGACGCUUUACACUACGCUCGCAUCAGCAAGAACAUGGAGCUUGUUGCGAUGGUCAAAAGUUACCUGGACAAAUCCACCAGAGAUAAGGAGGCUGCAAAGAUGGAACAGUGGAAGCGACAGCAUUCAGUGGAGAAAUCAGAGGCAGCUGAGGUUAACCGAAGGGAUCAGGUCAUACAUGACUUGGAGAGGCAGAACGAGGGCCUGCAGGAGAAUCUCAGGAAAUACCAGCAGGAUCAGAGAGCCCUGCUGGAUAAGGUCAACAUGCUGCAGCAACAGCUCACACAGGAAAAGGUCACUGUAGGAGACACUCAGAAAGAGAAGGACAUGUUGAAAGUGCUACGUGGUACCAAAGAAAGAGAGGAAGGGGCUCGAGGCCCAGAAACGGUCAAAGUCCAGCUCCGGAGUACUUUGGGAGAUUACUCUGGACAGUCUGUCAUCAAAGGUAAAGAAAACAUUUUGGUGAAAAAAGCUCAAAGCCUGGAUUCUGAUCAGAUGCUCAAGAAUGCUCCCAUGGCGCGUUCGCUUUCCAGAUCUUCAGAGAAGGGUCCGUCCACUGUGGGCUGGGCAGUCUCUGGGGAACUGGACGCACUCCUGCAAGAACUUGAUGAGGUCAAGAAGAGACAGCAUGCUUCGGAUGAAGAUGCGGCACGGCUUCAAUCCGCCCUGAACCGUAAAAACCGAGAGUGCCAGGAGCUGGUCCAGAGCCGAGACACCAUCCAGAAACAGGCCGACCAGCAGGUCCAAGAGCUGGAGGACGCCCUGGGCGACGUCCAGAAGAGGAUGCUGGACUCUGAGUGUAAGGUCAAACAGCUGCAGGCCCAUGUAGUCGCUGUUAAGGAACACCUGGGGGGCCAGGGGGCCGAAGAGUUGCGCGCCCAGCUCCAGGACAUCAAGGCCAAGUAUGAAGGAGCUUCCGCCGAAGUGGGUCGCAUUCGUAAUCGCCUGAAACAGAGCGAGAAGGCCUUGGAGGAGUACAAGAGCAGCGAGAACCAGCUGGCAACAGAGGCAGAAAGUCUGAACCAAGAUCUGCAGGCGCUGACUGCAGAAAGAGAUGAACUAGCAGAAGCCUUUUUAGAAAUGGAAACCAAUUUGAAGGACACCCUGGCUAAACAGGGCCACACGGUACCAGCUGAGAAGUUUGACAACAUGAAGAACCUGCUGAGCAACGCAGUCGACGAGAAGGAACGGCAGAUCGCCGAGCUGAGGGAGGACUACGAUCGCGUGCUGGAGGAAGUGGCAGAGCUUCACCGAAAGCUGGACAGUCCCUCAUCCCAGGGAGGAGCGGGGGCUGCUGAGGAACAGAAGAGGAUCCUGAAGGCUCUCGAAGAGCAGAAUGCUUCUCUGAAAAGGAAACUGGUGGACGUGACUACCAAGAGCCAGUCUCUCAUUCAGGAGGUGGAGGAAAGUGAGGAGGAGAGGGAUAUACUACGAGAGCAGCUUGACGAGCUCAACAGCAGGAUGGAGAGCGACUUCGUACCCAUGACGAUGCACGAUGAAGCCCGGGGGAACAUGGUGACAGCUUUGGAGGAGUUAGAGGACAAACUGGUAGAAGCCAGCGAACGUUACGGAAAAGCAGAGGCACAAGUCCAGCAGCUUCAGAGCGAGAGGAUAGCGCUGCAGGAGACAGCAGUGAGCAGUGUGCAGAGCGCCAGCGAGAGACACCAAGGUGAGAUGGACGCUCUGAGGUCUCAGAACGCCGACAUGAUGAAGAAACUUGAAGCUUUGCAGAGCAGAUGUGAAGACAGAGAUAAAGAGUGUGUGCAGCUGAGCACGCAGAGCCAGACUCUGAAACAGAGCUUGGAGGGAGAGUACGUUCCCAGGCAGCAGCACGAGCAAGUGAAGAUGGAGUUGAGCUCCACCUUGGAGAGAGCCAAAGCUGAGAUAUUGAAGUUGGAGACCAAGGGAAAAGAAAGUGCAGAAGAAUUAAAGAAUAUGAAAGAAGGAAACGAUAAGUCGAAAGAAAAGUUGGACAAAGCCCUGUUGGAGAUGAAAAAAGAAUAUAUAAGUGUAAAAGAGCACAAAGCUAUCGCAGACCAGCUGAAUGCUGCAAUUGUGGAGGCAGAGAACAAAGCUAACGAAGUGUCAGGGAGGUAUGUGUCCGCUCAGGAGGAAACCAUCAAGCUCACCCAAGAACUGGAGGCGCAGAAGAAAGAACUCGAUACCAUUCAGGAGGCUAUUCUGUCAAAGUUCAUCCCACUGACGGCGGCGGAGGAGAAGGAGCACUCUCACAGUGCCAAGGUGAAGGAGUUGACAGUAAAGCUGUUGGAAAUAGAAGAGAAGUAUAACAAGGAGAGGUCUGUCAAUGAGGGCAACCAGCAGGAGAAAGACAAACUAAAGGUUGAGAGUGAAUCUGUCCAACAGAGACUAGACUCUGCCAGUGAAAAGCACAAGAAUGUGGAGAAAGAGUUCAAGGGUCACAUUGAGGAAUUAACUCAGAAGUUGGCCAGCUUGGAGCAGCAGCACAAGGAGGCAACGCUUCAGAAGGCUGAUCUUCAAGAGCAGAAGGCCCUGAGCAAGGCUCAGAUCCAGAACCUCCAGGAGCGUCUGAAAGCAGAGUUAACUCGGAUAGCAACAUACGACACGGAGCUUAAAGCCCUCCAUGACGCCAUGCAGCACGCGCAGGCCGACUGUAAGAAAGCCAGAGAGGCUCAGCAGGAGGAGGCCCAGAGGGUGGGCGCCUUGCAGAGAGAGGUUCAGGAACGCCGCGGGGAUCAAGCGUCCCUGCUGCAUCAUCAAGCCGAGGCCCAGGAAGCCCUGCAGGCCGAGGUCACCCAGCUUCGAUUGGCUCUCCGUGAAGAGGAGGAGAACAACGCCCAGAGAGCCGAAGAUGUGUCCGCCCUGCAAUCUGAGCUCCUGCAGGCCACACAGGCUCUGGAGAAUCACCGCUACAAAGAAGACCAAAUAAAGCAGCUGAAGAAGGAGAAGCAGCAGCUGGAGGAGCAGGCCAACGCCCUGAGCAGCAAACUACUGAGCUCCACAGAGGGGGGAGACGAGGCGCGCAGGGAGGCCCAGCACGCCAGGGAGGGGGAGGGCAGGGCCCGCACAGAGAUGGAGGAGGUCACGGAGAAGGGACGCGCCAUCGAGAGGGAAGUGAGGGAGCUGAAGGAACGAUACGAGGAGUCGCUCGGCACCAUCUGUGAUCUAAAGAAGAGGAUUCAGACGUCAGCGCAGCAGACUGAAGCCAAAGACAGGAAGAUCACAGAGUUGCUGACAGAUGUUGAGCGGUUGAAGCAGGCGCUGAACGGUCUGUCCCAGCUGGCAAUCACAAGCAACGCGCCCAACAAGAGGCAGACGCAGCACAUCGACACACUCCACGCCCAGAUCAAGAACCUGCAGCAACAGCUGGCUGAUGCUGAGAGGCAACACAGGGAGGUGGUUUCCAUUUACAGGACGCAUCUUCUCAGUGCAGCACAGGGCCACAUGGAUGAAGACGUCCAAGCCGCCUUACUACAGAUCAUCCGCAUGAGACAGGAGUUUGUGUGUUAAAGCUUCCUCCGACGAAACAAAACGCUGCCUUUGGACUCAAAACCAUCAUUCUCCCAUCAUCUUCCUCUGCUGAGCCCCCUGCUGUGGCCCCUGUGGGUGCCCAGUGUGUGUGUGUGUGUGUGUGUGCGUGUGUGUGUAUGCGACUAUGUGUUUGUCAUCCGGCACAAUUUCUCCAAACAGGCAAUUUUUUGUGGUAUCCCCUCUUUGGUUCCCAAACCUCCAUUUUUAGGGUAAAAAUGAAUAACUGUAGAUUUUAGAUACCGGUGUAGAUACAGAGGUUGAUCUCCAGUAGAAACUCAGAAAACUAAGCAAAAAAAAGGAUUUGAUCAAUUUCAAUUUCAAUUACUCGUAUUGAUCAUUACAGUAUGUGAAAAUGAGAUUUCAUACAAUUCUUUCAGAUCUAUGAUAAAUUAUAAUACACACCUAUGCAUUUAUAUCAAGCUUCAUAUUCAGUGCUAUGCAGCGUUAGUUCAAAUGUAGGUCCCAUUCUUAGAUUACCCUGAAAUGUAAAAUGGACACGAUCUCAAAGACCACUUUUCACAUUCCCUCCGGACAGUCAGCUCUCAUACGGUGCAUCUGUGUUUUCUUCUUUCUGUUUGCUAACAUCUUCAGGGUAGCUUCACAGGGUUUCAAGUCUGAACACUGACAUAUAUGUUGCUUGCUAUAAUUGUUCUUUCUGUUCGUAAGGACACUAAAAAGUAGUGAACAAAUUCCUUGUUGUGUUUCCUUGCUGAACUGUAGGGACAUCGCAACAAAACGAGUACAUUUCGCAAAAACAUCUGUUUUUUUAGAAGGUAGCUACUUGAUUUGACUUCACAGAGUGGAAUGUCUGUCUUACAUUCAAACAGCAGUAUCAGGUGACCCCUGUAUACCUGUUGUAGAGAGGAAGAAACAAAUAACUGUUAAAGGCAGACUUGAAACAAUGUAAACCUAUUCUUUAAAGGCACAAUGAGUAGUUGUGUUAGUUGCCAAUGGUAAACACAACUAAAUGAACAUCAGCAGUUUUGAAACAAGCUUUGUCUGCUUGACAUCUCACCUUGCUAUAUUUCUUGUUGUUUUUGGUGCCGUGUCCACCAUUCUUGUAGCUUUCUCUUUAGCCAGUGCUUACGAUCUUGCACUUUUAUCAAUUUGUUUUUUAUAGAGAUUGAUAUACAGGCAGAGGGCUGCAGUGUCUGCAGUUACAGACAUGCCACAAAUAUUAUACAAAUAUCGAAAGGGAUUUCUAUUUCUAUACAUAGUUUCUUCUAAAACCUACUCAUUGUGCCUUUGACCUUGUUCAUGUCAGCUUGUUCUUGCGACCUUUGCUUCUUUCUUUGUUCAUAUUGUUGGUGGUUAUCAUCUCCACCAGGUCCAAACUAGCAGACACAUUUUCAGAAAAAAUCCAAAGACCUUAAUCUAAAACUACUCGCCAUUUUAUUUAAUGGCAGAUAUAGUUAUGUGACAGAUUUGGGAGUCAUGUCACGCAUACAGUCUGCUUUAUUCAGUCUGGACAUGCUUUGUGCUGGAUUUGACUCAUAGAGAGGAGAUCUCUUGCUGUGUCCUACCGUUUGCAGUGGCACGUCGUCCUUUUGUUGGAACCAGAGUGUCCUCUAGUGGAGAGACUUGGCAGGCCAAGUUGAUAGAAAUUGUAAUAGUCAGUGUGGCCUAGGGGUAGGCAGCUGUUGUUGUUGGAUGCUGUGAUAUCUGCAUUACAUUGGGAAAUGUCAGAAUAGAAUUUGAACUGUGAAUUGGUACUCUACAUUUUCAGAGUUAAAAUGACUAAUAGCUGUUGAUUUGCAUUAUUGAUUGUACACAAAACUACUUUCCAAAGACAGCAAAUGUCGCGGCUUGAUAAAAAUUGUGAUUUCUGAAGCGGUGAACUCGUCUAGAGCAACUCUGCGUACCCCUGAGCAGCUCUGUGUGAAUCUUGAUGGUGUCGUGUAGUGGUGUUGUGAUUGUUGAGCGAGUCUCUUAUGCCUUUACACUGAUAUAUUUUUCAUAGCUUUGUACUACUCUAAUUACUGUACUACAGUGUGACAAUUCUGUUAUUCAGCAGGUCUGGAAGUAGAACGACGAGUUCCCUUUAUUUAUGUGGAUAGACAAACACCUUAACGGUUAGUUUUUGUAAGCACUCCUGUCUUUACCUCCCGGUUAAAACACUACCAACUAAUAAUUCUCGCUCUCUUUUUUAUAUUUUGGCCAAACUCUGUUUAAACCAACAGAUAGUUUAGAAAAUACCUUUUGCAUUUUGUUAUGCAGAUGAUAGGAUUAACACUUACUGUAUUCCCUCUACUGUUAACAUAGUCUAUUUAAAUUCAAUCAAUGUAAAUCUCUGAAUAAAUACACUGUACUCCAAUCUGUUUUAAUAGGUUGACAAUAAUUCUUUUGUUUGUGAAUCAGUAAUACAAAAUCAAUAAAAGUGCCUAACAUAGAAACUA